CUACACAUCUCGGCGAAGUACCUCCGUCGAGCCACCACUCGUCCCCUCGCAGCUGCCGCAGCAGCUGCUGCUGCGCCUCCUCCUCCUGCUCCUCCUGCUCGGCCCUCCGCUUUCGACUCCCGGUCCAACUUCUCUCGUACUAUCUCAUCUCCAUCUUGGUCCGCCGAGGCAUUCCCCGUGCUGUCUCGAGGAUGUUGCGCAGGCUGUGUUGUGUCAUCCCAUGAUCUAGCCUCUGCUGUUGGUAUUCACCGCCCGCUCUUUUCGUCCUCAUCACCUUCUAUGGCGUAAAUGUCUUCCCCUUCGCUCGUCCUUGAUCCUCUCUGCGUUGCGGCGCCACUCCUCGUCGGUGCGCAAGGCCAUUGUUUUCUCCCUCGUUGCUAUCCCUGAAUCCAGGAUUUUUCCCACCACUUCCCAUCCGAGCUCGUGUUGCGUUCUCGUCGUUGACCACAGUCCCUCGAUUCGGAUGCCUGGAUUUAUCUCAUUCCCAUCUUGGUUGUGUGCAAGAGGGGAAUGAGGUGCAGAAUGCACAAGUGCGUGGUUGCCUCGUCCUAGUGUGCUGACAGGCUCCGCAAUAGCAAGUGCUCUGUUGUUAAUAUAGAUCCGGACUCGGAGGCUCUUUUUUUCCAGGGCGACUCCUGUGUCAUGACGGGGAAACGAUGAGAAGUCAAGGACCGAUAAGUGUGCUCAUGCCUCGAGGAAGUUCCAGGAACGAAAGCAAGUCGUUUCCUCUAUGAGACUGUCCGCGCGGGCUCGGUUGCUACGGUCUAUUCGCGCAUUAUCGUAGCUGUGGUUGGCAGCGUCUUAUCCAUUACGGCGGAAGUGGUCUUCUUUCAAAAUUUGCUAGGAGACUCGACUCUGCUGAUGGGACCUGUAGGGCGAAGUGGGCAGAGCAGGCAUACAAGCUCAAAAUCUGGAAGGAAUCCGUAUAUCUCUCGCUGGAGCUGUCAUGGGAUAUAGUUCGAGAAGGUGGUUGGUUAAGUUGACAUUACUGAAGGACUCCUUGUGGUUAAAGACAGUUAGUAAAGGAGUUUAUUGGAGGGAAAUUCGAAUGUCCCGAACUGUUAGGGCGUAGAUUCUCAGAACUACUUCGAGAUACACAGUCUGGUAGCGACUGUGGCUGAGAAUUCCGGUGCAGCAUACGGGUACACCUGAAUGGCUUCUGGUUGCGAAUCAAGGCAUUCGCGAGGCCAGCGCGAUUCUGAAGUGGAAUCAAGGGGAAGUUUUACUGAGCGACAGACUCUCCAAAUGUGACGCAGGAUCAAGGAAAUGAAGAAGCGUUAGGGCAAGCGAAAGGAAUGAUGCCAUCCUGGCCUGACGGUGCCUCUGGAUCUAGCUCGGCCUCUGCUUCAACAAGUCAAUCGCCAUGCGCUCGAUACCAUCCGUAUGCUCGCAAAAGGCACCCCGGCGAGAAUGUUCUACGGCUUCUCGCGUGGAGAGAAGUGGCUCCUACUGUCAAGAGGCCUCUCCGACGACUCUGGGGUGAAGCCGCCACGUGGAGUGUGAGCUGCUCUGGAUAUCAACGAGAAGUCACAGAUGCUAAGAUGGCGCUUGUCACGUGGCUGGAAGCGGAGUCUCUGAGUCAUUCUACUGCCAAAUACUGUCCUUUACAGCCAGCGCCAAGAUCAACCAUAGCUGCAGCGUUCAGUCCAGAUGGGAACACUCUUGCUUCUACACACGGUGAUCACACAGUCAAAAUAAUUUGCUGCCGAACAGGCUUCUGUCUGAAAGUCCUCAGUGGCCACAGACGAACUCCAUGGGUGGUACGGUUCCACCCUGGAAGUUCAGAAGUUCUUGCUAGUGGGAGUCUAGACAAUGAAGUGCGCCUAUGGGAUGCCAACACUGCCGAAUGUGUUGGGUCUCGAGACUUUCAUCGACCAAUUGCAUCCCUUGCUUUUCACGCUCAAGGGGAUUUACUUGCUGUCGCCUCUGGACACAAGCUGUAUAUUUGGCAAUAUACCAAGGAAGGUGAAGCCGCCUCCCCAAUUAUAGUACUUCGAACUCGUCGAUCUCUACGUGCCGUGCAUUUCCACCCUCAUGCUGCUCCACUGCUUUUGACUGCAGAGGUGAAUGAUUUGGACUCACCUGAUUGUCCGAUGACAUUGGCUACAUCACGAGGUUAUCUGCACUACCCUGCUCCAGCUAUUCAUUUCACCACUGCAACGUCUGCUCAGCAAUCAAACCCUCAAUUUCCAAUUUCUCAACCCUUUGUAUCAUUUCCUGUUUGGUUUUGGCCAGGCCUGGCAAAUGGUAGUAAUGAUACACAAACGGAUGUAGCCUUGGGUGAGAAUUCGGCAGCACCUGCAGAUAGGCAUGAUGAUGCUGAAGAUGGAUCUAAUGGUGCGAUAGAAUUGGAGAGGGAUUCAAGUUUGCAGCUUCAUACUACAGAGUUUUCAAGUGCUGCACCCAUGGAUCUGUCUCCGAGACCAACUCAUGUGGACUCAUCAGCUGCUAGUACUAGUGGUGAAAACAAGUGCGAGGUUCCAGAGACGGAACUACCGAACAGCUUGAGUGUUCAAGAUUUUGGAGCUGAGCAGACUCGGGAAGGACUAGCUUUGGCUGGGGAUCCAGGCAGAAGUAGUCCGACUGUGGUUGGCGCACCUUGGGAUGUUGGGGAGCCUCCUAUGUAUCCAGUGUCUUCAAGAACAACAAAUGGAUCUUCGUCUAGGGGCCCAGUUAUUCCUGUUGCCCGUCGGCAGGUGGAUUCGGGAGGAUCUGGACCAGGACCAGGCAUUUGGCCCAUAACUGCUUUUUCGAACUUGAACUCCGCAUCGAUGACAGGGGGUCCAAGUGGUCCACAUUUUGUACCUUCUGCUGACUAUUCAACGUGGGACCUGCCGGUUUUACACGGUUGGGUACAAGGUCAACAAGCUGGCCUUGCUCAACCCCAAAGCUUUUCUACAGUUGCGGGUCUGCAGAGUGGAUUAUCAGGAGGUAUGACACCUCAAAACGAAGGACGCGCUUCUCAACCUCAUCAUUCACAGCAACAAAAUGCACCUGCUACAGUAGCAUCUGCUGCUCUUGCAGCACUAGCAACUGCUGCUCGAAUAGGGGCAGGUAACUCUCACAUCGGUCCAGGCGUACGGCAGAUUGGAAAUCCUAGUCCUGGAAGAGGAAUUCAAUUUCCCCUUAGCACAGUGGAUCCCGCCGGCGCAGCUCAGGCUGCCCUUGCUGAUAUCCCUUGUACAGUGAAACUUAGGAUAUGGCCGCAUGAUAUUAGGCGACCCAGUGCCUUGCUCGACCCGGAGACAUGCAGGCUUACCAUACCUCAUGCAGUUCUGUGCAGCGAGAUGGGUGCGCACUUCUCCCCUUGCGGUCGAUUUUUAGCUGCUUGUGUGGCGUGUGUCUUGCCUCCGCCCGAGUCAGAGAUGCAAGGCCAAGGACAACGUAAUAUGAACGGUUCGCCUGGUGGUGGAAACACUGUCCAUUCACCUACGCAACAUCCAAUUUCCUCUCAACAAGUCAUCUAUGAACUACGAGUUUAUUCCCUUGAAGAGGCAACAUUUGGUCAGGUUCUUGCUUCCAGAGCCGUCCGAGCUGCCCACUGUCUCACCUCCAUCCAGUUUUCCCCAACUUCAGGCCACAUACUGCUGGCUUAUGGUCGCCGGCAUAACUCACUUCUAAGAAGCCUUGUGGUGGACGGCAGUAGAACAAUCCCCAUUUACACAAUUCUUGAGGUAUAUAGAGUGUCUGAUAUGGAAUUAGUACGAGUACUUCCAAGUGCUGAAGAUGAAGUGAACGUUGCGUGCUUCCAUCCAAUGGUCGGAGGUGGCCUCGUUUAUGGGACUAAGGAAGGCAAGUUGAGAAUACUUCGACAUGAUCGAACUCCAAGGCAUCUAAAGCCUCGUAGAGUACAUGAACUUGAAGAUGAGCUGCUUGAGCAGGCUGAGACGGCAGAUCCCUUAAGUUUUGGUAUGUUGCCAGACAUCGAAUGAUGAUCGUUGCGGAUUGGAACUUGAACUCCCACAUGUCCACUUUCUGUACAAGAGAGUUUGUCACACUGGUAGUUCUUCUCUGAGCUUCAGAAUGCUCGAUCCCAAGUUUCAGUGGAGUUUGUGGUAGUUAAAGUCAACCAAGCAGACAGUAUUCAAAUUUCUCAGCCAACUGUCUACUUUCAGGUAGGCCUGUAUCAAAUUGUUAUUACUGGAGAGAACUCAACAUUUGCUGCACCCCAAAGAAGAGCUCUUAGAGGGGCAGUAUUUGGUUUAUGGACGAAUUUUGACAUGGUUUGAAAGGAGUUAAAUCAGCGUAGAUCAGUGGCACUGUUGAAGAAAUAUUUGUGUGGAGAAGAUGUUAUUCCAGAGGUUACUUUACAGAAAGAUGGAGAAGAUGAAGAAGAUGGGACUCCCAAUCUGAGAUGGGACCCAAUCACCGCGAACUUGUGUCAUCAGUCAAUGUAGUAUCUGGAGAUGAUGCUUGAAAAAGUUGUGUGUAAUCUAUGAAGUGUAUAGGUUAGGAGCCAUUGUUUGUACUUACUAUUGUUUGUGAACCGUAGUAGAAGAAGUAAAUUGGGUUGGUGGAAUGGCUG